ACAGCAGCAGGUCGUCUUUCACUAUAAAGAAAUGAUUCAAUGACUUCUGGUAAUUCUAAGGCCAGAGAAACUAAAGUCCUGAAGUCUUUUUCAUGAGCUCAUUCAUCACACAAGAAUCAUAAAACUGUUAUGCAUUGAUUCAGCUAAUGGUCAUAGUAACCUUAAACUUUCCCACUAAAGUCUAUAACUUCAAUUUAAGUUGUCUAAAUCUAAACAAAUGUUUAGACUGUCACUAAUUUGUUGUGUAUAAAUGGACUGCAGUCUAUUUUAUCACACUUUCAUUUUUAAAUGUGAACUUUACAAAUAAAAAUCCCAUAUUUACAAUUUUCUUUUGUAUUAAAGGUCAGACUUUAUAAGCCAGAAACGCUGAAUUUGUCCCAUUUUGAUCAAAGUUAACCUCGUUAUGUUAUUUGUCUCCUUUGGCUUCAUUUGCCUGCGCCUCCAAAGCUUCAGGGCUGACUGGGUUUUGUUUAGGUCUGCAGGUAAAUCUGUCCUUCAUUUGCCAGAAGUCAAAUGUUUUCUAGGCCGGCGGGAUUAAGAUGGGCGUGAUGGCUGCUUUUAAACCUCUAUGAUGAGCGUUAUAAAUAAAACAUGAGAUGGGAAGAAGCUGCUAGGUCCUCAGCUGGAGGAAUCUGCAGCACUUUUCUGAAAACAGUUUGAAGAUGAAGAGCAGCCUCUGCGGACCUUUGAUUCUCCUCCUCAUCCUCAGCAGCAGCGGUGUUGGAGCCGGCCUGGGAUCUGUGGUGGACGUUUCUUACAAACACACUAAAUCCCCUUUAACCUGGGAGAUGGCCCAAAACUACUGCAGGCGUAUUUUCACCGACCUGGCCACCUUCUAUUCACCAUCGGAUGUAAACUCUGUGUACCUUAAUCGGUAUCGCUCCUGGAUCGGUCUGCAUAAAGAGACUUCGUCAUCCAGUAGCAAGUGGGUCUGGUCUGACCGUCAAACUCACCAUGUCAACUGGCAGGACAACGUUGAAAACGUCAAGGGAGACUGUGCUUCUGUCACACACCCAGACAAAAAGAUCUACGUCAGACUGUGGAGACAGUCUGUUCUUCACCUGUCAGUCUGGUGCGAGUUACAUCUUUGUACUCGAGGCAAAGACUUGGUCAGAAGCGUCGGCGUACUGCAGGUCAUACCAUCAGGACCUGGUCAGUCUUUCUGGCGACAUUUUCGCCAUCUUCUUGGAGCGGGACAUUCCCACCUGGAUCGGACUGCACAAAGACGGAGCAUCGUGGAAAUGGAGCUGGGGAGACUCUAACUAUACAAACUGGUCAGGAGAGCCGAGUGUCGGCGGCGGCAACUGCAGCUCGAUCUCCUCAUUGACGAAGCAGAUGGCUCCCCUAAGCUGUGAUACUCGUCUCCCCUCCGUCUGCAUCUCAGACAAUCUGGUCCUGGUGAAGGAGAAUGGGAGCUGGCAGGAGGCGCUGGAGCGCUGCAGAGGUCUCCAGUCCUCUAACAGCAACCUGCGCUACGAUCUGCUCAGCCUGCAGCCUGCAGACAACCAGGACUUCAUCAGGACCAAGAUCAUGCAGGCCGACACCGAGGAGGUUUGGACCGGCCUGCGUUUCCUGGCUGGUGAUUGGCUGUGGGUGAACGGAGCAGACAUGUUGUACACCGACCUGCCCUCCUGCCCCACCCCGGGGCAACACUGUGGGAUCCUGUCCAAAAGCAGCAGCAACAGCAGCAUGGAGAUCAGGGAUUGUUCAGAGGGAAAAAACUUCCUGUGUUACAGUUACACACCUGAAUAAAGGUCUUUAGACUCUUAGAAAAAUCUGUUUCCUCUGAUGGAAACAGAUUUUUCAGAUGUAUUAAAGUUUAGCAAAUACCACUGAUUAUCUGUUACAUUUAGUUUAAUAGGUGUAAAUAUUUAAUCAAUUAUUAAUCUUAUUUGGCCAGGUUUUACCAUUCCCUGUAUUUCAUAACUAUAAUUCGCCACAUUUCUGGGUUUAAUUUCAAAAGCCACACUCGGGUCUGAUUUAAAGUCAGACAUUGUCAAAUGAAACCAUCCUGACAACAUGAAGUAGGCUGAAGGAUCUGAAAAGCAUCGAUUCAAGUCAUCAGUCUGGAAAUGGUUUCCGCCGUUUCUAAGACUGAAGAAAAUAAAACGGUGGAGAAGUUACUGCAACGUCGACUCAUCUGGAGGCCACAGCGAUUCGGAGCAGCUUCUAAAGAUUUCUUUGGCUUCAGGACGUUCAUGAUUCAGCA